CAGCCUGAGAGCUGUACAUGUUAUUGUCUUCAUCUGCUGAAUGUGCCAACAAGACAACUCUGACUUCUGACAAAGAGGUUGUUGAGGUUUUUUACAGGGAGCCAAGGAUUUCACUGUUCACCUGAAAUUUCAAGAACGUAAGAUCUGCUGAAAAUAAGGAGCAGUGGGAAAAACCACAGAGAUCACAUUCAUACCCAAAAUGAAUUUGCUGCACAAUACCACCGUGGCAGUAAAUGAAAUUAACAUGAAUUGCUCAUCGACCCACUACCAAGGUUAUUAUUACCUCGGACCUUUGAUCCUGUCUGUUGUCAUGAUCAUUGAGAUGAUUGUGGGCCUGCCAGCAAACAUAGUAGCCUUGUGGAUUUUCUGUUUCCGCAUGAAAUGUUGGAAACCACAUACUCUCUUCCUCUUUAACCUGGUUCUAGCGGACUUUCUGCUUCUCAUCAGCGUGCCCUUCCGCAUCAACAACUACCUCAGAGGGGGCUACUGGGUGUUUGGACAGGUCUGGUGUCGCAUCAACCUCUUCAUGCUGGCUGUCAAUCGCUCUGCCAGUAUUGCAUUCAUGACAGCUGUGGCACUGAAUCGCUACUUUAAAGUGGUCCAUCCGCAUCACUACAUUAGCCAUAUGACUUUGACUCAGGCGGGUUGGCUCACAGGCCUGAUGUGGACUGUUGUGAUCACCCUUCGGAUUCCCCUGGUGGCCUACAACCUUCUCCAACAGCAAGGCAACGUCUCCCUGUGUCGUAGCUUCAACUCCUACAAUGUAACCCCUUCGGUGAUAAAGGUACACUACGUGGCCUUCACUGCAGAGUUCUUCCUGCCCUGGUUCUUGUUGCUAUUCUGCUCAGCAAAGAUUGCCUUCCACCUGCAUCAAAGGCGGAUGGACAGGCAGAAGAGUGUACGGAGGGCCAUGCGGGCAGUAUGGGUGAUUAGUUUGGUGUUCACCGUCUGCUUUAUGCCAAGUAUCCUCACAGGCUUGGGUGGGGUGUACAUCAAGUAUUUCCACCCCAGGGACUACACGUCUUACAGUCGGAUCACCCAGCUCUUUGAGAUGUGCGUCGGCUUCACCUACCUCAACAGUGCUUUGGACCCUGUCAUCUACACUUUCUCUAGUUCCAUGUUUCGUGAUGCCCUCAAAAGCUCACUCAGACACCUAAGCUUUGUGAAUAAGAAUGUCAGAUCAGCCAACAACCAUUAACAAAAAUAAUAAAAUAUCACAUCAAUUUAUAAUGGAUAAACUACUCCAGAACUAGGUCGUAGGUUCAACCGCCAUUGUUGAAGAGGCUUGAGGGUUAGGGUUAGGAUGCUGAACCACUCUGUAGGCAACCCAGAAGCAAAAUGGAGGCCAGGACAUCCCUACCAUUAUAAGGCGGUGCAACACCCAAGCCGUUUUGGACACCACCUAAGCCGAACAAAUGUAAAUUCAAUGUGAGCAUUUAAAUGACUUUCCUCGGAUCUAAUGAUUGUAGUUGG